CGCCUGGGAAAAAACUCCAACCAGACAAGCCUUUGCCUGGACUGGGCUUGGUUGAAUCCAUUCAAAAGGCUUCAGCUCCCGCAUUCACAUCUUCACUUUGCUCCCCUUUCCCACCCAUCCCGUCCGACAGUCUCUCCAGAAGGCAAAUACGGUUACGGCUAGCCAUCUUUAUAUCCAACUUAGACAACCGCUCGUUCUUCCAAUCAAUUGGACCCCAUAUCAGUCCUUCUUCGAUCCAGCCAACAGCAGCACUAACUAGCUUGAACUCGAAGCCCACCCUCGGAUAUCGAACAGGUUCUCACCAGUGGUCGAUAUAAAGAAAAAAAAAAAAGGGGAAAGCAUUGAAAGACAAGAAACACGGGGGAAAUACAAUUCUCGUUCUUGGAAAAAGGCUUUCUGUCUGUCUCGGUGUGCUAGUUUUAGCAUUACGGUACUCAGUAACCUUAUCUUUUCCUUGGUACUAGCAUUGCCUGUACUGUACUGUGCGUAUUUGAGACCUGUGCGAUUUGGUCCUCUAGUCCUCUGCCAUCCGCCCAGCAACGCCCACCCCUGGUCAAUUUGGCACUUGGUCUGGCUCAGCUUAACCAUCUCGAUCCCUCUCGAGAUAGACCAAGACCUCGACGUCUUCUCGACUCAACUUGACUCUUCGCCUCAUAAUCGUAAAGGCGACGACUCUCCCUGUCGUCGGACGCAUUCACGAUUACGUCUCUAUCGAGUCUUGUUCGCCCCUCCUUCAAAUGUCAUUCGAACGAUUAUAACGACCGUCACACGCUAUCGUCGAAACCCCGCCACGAGCUAAUCUCCCAUCAUUCAUCUAAUACUUGGUUCGCCCACGAGUCGAUUUUAAUACAAUUCAAUCUGUACAAACCUUGGCUUCAAGGCAUUUGCCCAGACGCUCGUUCGAUACCGUUAUAGAGGUGUUACUGCAGCAUUGACUUACUGCAGAACUACCUCUCCAGUCCUCCAUCGCCGUGUCUUCGAUAUCGAGUAGCUCUUAGUAGCUGACGUGCUUCGACAGAACUCGAUUAAACCCGGGUUCCCUCGAAUCGUCCCGCUGCUUCAUUACCAUCAUUCACAAUGGAAGCCUCUUCACCUCUGGCGGCGUUACACCGCCCGUCCAUGCUCCCUAGUUGGGGUAGUCGAGAUGUCUUUCGCGGGCACCCUCAUUACUCUACAUCAUCUGUCACAUCUGCAAGCAUGAGUCUACGCGAGCAAAUGCACAAGCAUUCUGGAGACUAUUUCAACGUCAAGGACGUACGAGGCUCCUCGCCCGCUGCGAGUUUGGCUGCUGAUCUUUCCCAGAACUUCCGACUUGACAGCGAUUCGAGUCCUCAGUUCCCCACUCCCAGAAGAGCACUCUUCACUGCUGGCAUGAUGGGCAGCUUGGAAGGUCGCGAUUCAGUCACGACUCCCCCAUUGCCAUCCUCGUCGCCCGCCCCACUGGCCGAGCUCAAGGAGUUGAUGGAGGUAUCACCUCUGCCUCACAAGACACCUUUCUUCACCCAGUUCGAGAUAACUUCUCCAACUCCGGGGACUACACCAGCCGCUGACGAUGAAAUGGUUCUUGAUUCACCGGCUCCUAUCUCUCGGCAGUCUUCCUUGGAACCUCCCAAGCCCAUCAUGGCUGAAAACCGUAGAAUAGCUGUCCCACGAAGACCAUCCCUAACCCGGAUGAAGGGUUUCAGUACCACGGCGGUACCGAGUCGCCAGGCUGACACGGAGCUGCCUCCGUUCCGCUUCGGUGCUGGCUCUCGCCUGAACCAUACCAGCUCCAACCUGUCUCUCAGCGAAUGUUUCGAGUCGACAUCACCACCUCAGGAGCGCAGACCCGCAUCUGCCAACAGCCCAUGCCCUGGUCUUUCUAUCGGCCGCACUAGACCCCAAUUCCUCAACUUCAAUGCAUGCUCUCGCAGCAAUGGCUCUCCUUCCAUGAACUCACAUUCCCGGCGACAGUCCAAUCCCUUUCUCAGAAAUCGAAAGCAGUUCCGUCGGUCAUUAAGCAUGUUCGAGCAUCCCGCUGACGUAAUGAAGAGCAAUUCAGAGGGAGAGGAGACCACCUCCUCCGCGCUUCAAUCGGUUAUGGAUGUGGAGGAGGCUCAAGAGCCCGUCCUCCCCCAUUUCCUCUUGGAAGACCCCACCGAUACCAUUCCUCGCAUCACUCGAGAGACACUCGUCGACGUCUUGGAUGGCAAGUACAGCUCCCACUUCGACCAAAAGAUUGUGAUCGACUGCCGGUUUGAGUAUGAGUAUGAGGGUGGCCACAUUGACGGUGCUGUCAACUACAAUGAUAAGGACCUGCUCACAAAUCAGCUCUUCCAGACUCCUAUGGAUGGACGGACGCUUCUCAUCUUCCACUGCGAGUACUCAGCCCACCGUGCCCCCCUGAUGGCUCGUCAUGUUCGAUCUGAGGACCGCACUGUGAAUGCUGAAUUCUACCCCAAACUUACAUAUCCCGAAGUCUACAUUCUAGACGGUGGAUAUUCGGGCUUCUUCACUGAACACCGGGGCCGUUGCUAUCCUCAAGAAUACGUUGAGAUGUCCGAUGAGGCUCACCAGCGCACUUGCGAACGCGAGAUGGGCCGAUUAAAAUCUCGUAAAGGUCUCAGCCGUGCCGCGACUUUUGCUUUUGGCCAACGUGAGCCUUGUGUGGACGAGUCACCAACUGCUCCCAGCAGGCCUCAGUCACGAAAUCUUCAUGCACCAAUCUCCCUCCUUGGUGCCUCCCCCAUGAUUGGCGACCGAUCACAUGCUCGCCGUAUGGCCUCUUAUUAGACGUUUUGAUCUUUACGACUUGGUCUGUUUUGCACGUGGUAGAGUUGGACUCUAUCGGUGCUGGUUUCACCUUGUCUGCUACUUCUGGUCUAUGGUCAUUCCUCUCUACCGUCUCCUCCCAACAAUGUUGUCAAGGGGACCCUUCAUUCUACCCCAUCCACUUUGAUGAAUCCAACGGCCAAUCCGACCGCGGCGCUUCAAAAGCCAGUAAUACAUGCUUUGGUCUGCUUCGACAACUUGUCCUUUCAACUAAUCUUCACUACGAUUAAUCAUUCUCAUGCUCAUAGCACCACCACGACCGCAACGACUUCUUCGCUUUUAGAUCACUGACACGAGUUCUCACUCAUCGACUUAUUUUCCUUUUUCUACGUUUUACGCAUCAGCAGACAGACCCAUUCAUGGUUUUCAACUUUUCACGCUUUACAUGGUCCAACGAUGGAACCUCAUUCACCAAGGAGCCAACUUACUCCCAUUCUGCAUUAGGGCGCGCAUUAUUCUUUCCUUUCUUUUCACUCAACUGCAUCUGCUUUGGCGAUUUCCGGACUUGCAUUUUUGGCUUCUAAAACAUGUCUCGGGAACAAGCUUUCCCCGACGACUGUGGCGCUGUUCGCAAUAGACAUUUCGAUACCAGAUGUCUCGGCCUCUCAGUGGCUUCACCCUAGGGGACACAGAAUACCCCUUUUUACAGAAGCCAUACCGUGGCCAGGCACAGCUUGACUCGCAUCUGUCACUCGGUACCCUAUUCGACAGUCUUUUUGAUACCAGUAUCCUAGAAUCAUGGAUACCUACCUAUAACAUCCCAUCUGCGCAUAUUGUCGCACCUAUACCCCCUGACCUUACAAAACGGGAAUGGUUCACCUCUUUUUUUUUUGUUCUUCACUACAUAUUCAAACAAACCCUUCCCGCAAGAGAAAUGUUGGGAAGAUGGGAAUUACAUAUCACCCUCAGGCCUGGAAUGUAUUUAUGUUCUGUCCGUAAUAGGCACAGGCCGCAAUGUCGCAGUAUCAUGAAAGAUUGAUACUGCGAUACUUUCUGUAAAUCUAGCUGGCGGAGCAGCAAGAUGCACAUGGCUGGCGAAAAGUGGUUUUGCUAGUUGUGCAUCACUUGACAUUGAGGAGUACCCCUGGCUAGAUACCUGAAAAUUGAGGGACAAAACAGUUAAAAGUUAACGUGCUGCUUCUUGACGUGAUUGAGUUUUGUCGCGAUUUCGCGAGAGGGCAUGACAUCAAAUGCUGGUUCAUAUGGCUGCGAGGGCUUCUAGUCAGUCAGACACACCGUAUUAUUUGAUCAAAGAGUCAAUUUCUCGAUACAGUAUUGCGUAGUCGUCUAAGACGGGCAUCUAUUACGCAUCGCUAUUCAGAGCCUCUCAGACCAGAUGGGAAAAAACAACGGCCCCUUAAAUGAAGAAAUUUCACCCAAAACCCAUUUCUUUUAAACGCCGCCCAUGCAUCUGAUAUAGUAUACAAAACCGAAGAACUCAAGUGGCAGCUUCUUCACCCUCUUGAAGUGUGAAAUCCCAUUCCUUGAACGCCGCCCGAAAAGCCUCGACGUCUUUCGUCUCCUCCUCAACGGUCUGUUCACAAUCCUUCCAUACCAGGCGACUUUCAAGACCAAGAAGCUUAGCUAACACACGACGUCCGAAUUGAAGAUCGAAGCGCAUGUCUGAGGGCAGAGGCAUGACGAGGGCUUUGCCCUUAACACGGUCCUCGCCAUCGUCCGCCCAGAGCCAUACGCGGAAGAAGUCACCCCCUGACUCGGCCUGCUGUUCGAGCGUGAGCUCCCGAGCGGUGAAUGCUGGAAGAGACUGAUUCUCCGCCUCGACCUUGAAAGCGGCUUCCGCAACGCCUUUGCGAACGAGAUCGGCUGCGAGAGGCAUUAGUUGCCAGAUAAGGUGAACAUUGCGCUCUCGGCUGAUCUCCCACGUCACGACGCCGAGCUUGUGUGAGCUCUUGGAGGCAAUCAUAGCCUGAACAGCUUCUCGGAAUCGUGUCAUUUCGUUGUAGGUUUUUGCGGCUUCUCCUGCUGGAUCAGUGACAGGACCGAUGCUAGGUAUUGUAGGGUUGUGUGGUAGCGGAAUGAUGAUCAAGUGGCCUGGAAAGGCAAGGCCUUGCUCUGCAAAUGUGUUCGAGGUUGGCAAAGGACCUUUGGCCGUGGAGAUGUAGGCGUCGUCGCCGAUACUACAGCACAUGUGGGCCGAUAGGUUGGGAUUGGAGAGACAGAAGUAACAUCGAUCAGGACCCGGAGGUGGCGACCGAUGGCGCUGCUUCUGGCGUCGGCCUCUAUGACCUCUGUUGUUAUCAUCGCCCCCGUAUCGGCUGUAAGAAUCAUCCUUGGGUGCACGCUUCUUAGUCUUAGGGUUGAACGGCGAGGCUGUCGCGCCGGGGGGUACUGAAGCAUCUCCUUUGUUGAGACUAAAAGCGUACAAAGACUUUGCUUUGGCGUCAUUGCCGAAAGGGGCCAUUGAAAUGAAGCGAGUGAUGCAGGUAUCAUCCGUUUCCUUCUCGGUGGGGUGAACGAAAGCCUCUCGUUCGUAGAAGAAGGCUUCUGGUGAAGCUGUUAAGUGAUAGCGCGGUUUGAGCGCUGCACAUAGUUCUGCAAUGUUGUCCGAAACGGUGAGUGACGCUUGGCUUGUGGGACCGAGCGCAACCUGAGAGCCAGUCCAGACACUUGCUGGCCAUAUUGACGUCAGGAGAAUAUCAGCGUUGUUCGCGCCGCGCAGGCUCUUUGCGUCAUCCGCUGUGUGGAAUGGGAGGUGCUGUUCCUUAGAUAGUCCUGCAAUAAGGUUGGCAUCCAAUUGGCCACCCAAGACGACAAUCCUCACACCAUCAGAUGUCUUGGUAAUGCUGCGCUUGCCUAGGAAAUGUAGGUUCUCGCAGAUCUCCUCCUCGGCUUCAACCUUAGCAGCAAUACGAGGUGGGAGUGGGUGGGUUCCAAUGGUGAAAUAGGUUGGUAGAGGGACUUCAAUGGCCCCAUCUAGAAGCGCAUUCACAGAGUCAUCGUCUUGGGUUGCGCUGAAGACAUCGCCAGUGAGGAUGGCCAUGGAGAAGCUGUUUUUGGUGUGUAAUGUCGCUAGCUUCUUGAACGCCGGUUCAAGCUGGCCAUUGAGGCUGCCCAAGACAAUACUUCAUG